AUGGCAGCACUGGAUGCAGCUCCCCUGCGGUGCGUUGCCUUUGGCAGCUGCCAGGAACGGAAGUUGUUUCCAACCCACUGUGCACAUAACCGGCUGGGCAAUAAGCUGUCACUUGAGGGAGCCCCACACCGUGGCCCCGGCUGCUAUGACAAUCAUGUUGGUACCAUUCUGUAUGAUGUACAGAAGAGACCUGAGAGUAAGAAAGGAUACACUCUUGCUGCAAGGACAUCUGCACGGUUUCUGCCCUGUGCUCAGACAAUCACUCCUUCCCCUCAGAGGUAUCAGCAGGACAGAACCUGGUCUAAAGUAUACCCUCCUGGCAGAAUCCCCUUCAGCUCCACCACAAAGAGGUUCAGGACCAAGCCUGUUACAGCUGACUUCAAACCAGGCCCAGGGACAUAUGCUCAUGAUACUACUCUGAACCGGAAGGUGUCAUGGCCUAUGAAAUUUGGUUCCCCAGACUGGGGUAGACUGCCCACAUUAGAGAGGAAAGCCUUGAGGACAGAGCUGCUUUGUGACAAGGAGUUUGUGAAGCAAAGGAGUCGGGUGGCAUAUCUACAGUUGUUCUACUCCUGA